CUAAAACUAAAACCCACCUGCAUUCAGCCAUACAGCCAUAAUAUCCACAUUUCCAUAUUUCCACAUUUCCCAUAUCCCAUAUCCACAAAAUAUCCAUUCCCCGUCGCACCUCAUCACUGAUGAUGGUGUCUUAAAGAGAACCAUUCUACCAUUAUUUCCAUCCCUACAGACCCUAAUACCGUCCUAUUAGGUAGAAAAUCUCGUCACAUUGGGCCGCAUCCCCCCUAUUACCACAACAUCAGAGCCCAAUACGUUAGCCUAUUUCCGAAAGAACGGGCAUUUCGAUAUCUCAAUAAAAGCCGUCACUCCAUCUCUCCGUCUCUCCACCCUCAAAGUCCGAACGACAACAGACAGCAGACAGCAGACAGCAGACAACAUCAUAAGGUCUAGAUCAUUGUCGCAUACCUGCCCAACUUUCCAACGACUUUGUGCGGGCCAACUAUCAUCAAUUGGGAGUCAUUGCGCCAACACCUCAGAAAAUCACCGCGUUACCUUUCAUUUGGCAUUCUAGUCCGGGGAAACGUGCACCAAAUCAAACCUUGACCUAAGACUAUUUACAGUUUAAUCGCCACCUUGCAACUCUGUCUAGCCCCCAGAUGGCCAUGACUGAGACAUCUCCUCUCCCUACUGAUCGUCAAGAACGCUCAGGUCGCAGACGGCCUUUCACAACGUGGGUCAAGAAGCUAGCCAACUUCAAGAAUGCCGCUUCCUCUACCGAGGGCGGUCGACAUAACCAUUCGAAACGAGAUGCCGUCCCCAAGGGUUCCAAGAAACGACCCUCGAAGAAUAACAACCCAUACCCACAGUCUGGACGCAUCGGCAUCUCCAUACCUACCCACCAGAGUGAUCCAUCUUUCUUGACCUCUCGCAGCGCUAGGAUUUCUGAUCCUUCUUUAGCCCCGGGAAGUCGUUCUUCUAUGCGAACAUCUACCGAAGAAACCGCGCCUCCCACCGCCGGUGCCCCCUCUGUAGCACAUACCGUGUCCACCGACUACGAAGCCACCCAAUCCCUCCAUGCUCCUUCGCAUAUGGCAUCCUCGGUAGCAGGCACGAGCCGCACUGCUGGUGGAGGUCUCGAUUCUCGAAAAGGAGGAGAUAGCACUUUCUCUUCCCCUGCACCCUCUGUACGGUCUCUAACGACUACUCUCACCACCAUCCAGUCUAUGGGACCAAAUACCGCAGUCAACGGCCCGCCUCAUGGAGGUCACUCGUCCAAUCAAGGCAACCAAGGAAAUUACCAGACUAUCCAAUUUACCCAACCUUUCCCCACCAAUUCUCCCGCCUCCGCGAUUCCUCCGUAUCUUGCACCCCAUUCGAACCCUGGCUAUCCAACCACUUACAAUACAGCCACCGCAAAUAAUCUUCUCACCGACAACGCGUCGAUCCUCACGCUAGCUUCUUCUAGCAAGAGGCGCCGUCGAAGGUCUAUGGACACCGACGCGUCGGUACGUGCUCUCGCGCCAUCCUCCCUCUGGGGAGGGAGCCGCGAGUCCCUACCGCUCAGUGUCCUCAGUGCCAAUAUCGACGGCAGCGGUGGUCGCGAUAUAUCGACUCCGGGUCUACACCAGUCGACCUCGCGAAUUGCCGGGGCCAACGAACGUACGAGUAUCUACUCUACAACUGGAAUUACGCCCACUCUACCCGGCGAGCGCAAUAGUUUUUAUGCAAAGCAAAGCCUCACCGGGGACGCCGCCAGCGUCCGUAGCGGCCUCUUCAACCACAAUCGUGCCGAUAGCAUUGGUGGAAGCGUUGGUGGCGUAAACAGCCCGCUUGCAUCCCCGCGCGAGGCGGCGGAGAAGGGUGCCGUGGCUGAAGAGAAUGACGAGAACCUUGUGACGAAGGACAAGGAGUAGAAGAUAUGGGUUGAGAAGCGCGAGCAUCGAAGAAAGAGCUCAUCUUGAUAACAAGCGAGCCCUUUGUAGUGUAGCGAUUUAGAAGAACUUCAUCUCAUUCAGCAGGUUACUGGCAGAUUAGGUUAGACGGGUAUGAUAAUGUUUCUUCUCGCGAAUGCGAUGAUGUCCCACGACACGAUUCCGCGGUGGGCGAGGAUAGGGGAGUUCGUGCAUUUUUGAGUCAUUUUCCUAUUUUUUUUUGCGUUUGGGGUGGCUUCGGGGUGGCUUCUGGGCUACGGAAGACAUGCAGGCAGGCACCGGCUGGGAUUGAUGGCGAAUUAGAUACCCGUUACUGUACUACAAGUUGAAUUUAGAACAAGAU